AUGGCUUUCUCCACGGGUGGCAUGGCUGGCGCCAUGGGAGGCGCGCAAGCUCAACAGGCCGCCGAAAUCGAGGACAUUCAAACAGAGCACCUCGGAUUCGCCUCCAUCGCCGGCCGUGACGUGAGAACCAAAAUCACGAACAAGCUCAAGCUGCUACCGUCGCCAUGGCCCGCCGAGGACUUGCCCUCGUCCGAGUCCAACCUGUUCACCGCAGCUCCAAGAAAAGGUGUUGUUGCUGCUGCCGGUCCAGACUGCCUGAUCAUCGCUUCCGCCGAUAGCAUCCGCGCUGCCCUGGCCUCUGGGCGUGAUGAAUCAAACAAGGAUCCCGUCGUUCCUUUUAGCCCGGAGCUUACCAUUCCUCUGCCGCGUCUGUCGCAGAUCGCAUUCACCUCGGACGAGCAGCACCUGGUUAUAUCGGCGCAACAAGGUGGAGGACUGGCAAUACACGAGGUCGCCGCGCUUUCGCAAAAGAAUACCAAUUCAGCCUUCCAAAUGCCAACGCAGAACAUGGCCUUGCGGGCGCUGGUACCUAAUCCGGCACCUGAGCUGGCCGAGUAUAUUGCCAUGGUCACGGAGAAGGGUCAAUUGAUGAUUGCGAAUCUGAAGCAGAGGGACUUUGUUCAGACGCAGAAUGGUGCUGUGCUCAAAGACAACGUGAGCUGCGUGACUUGGAGUAACAAGGGCAAGCAGUUGGUCGCUGGUCUGGCCGAUGGUACAGUCAUGCAGAUGAAGCCAGAUGGCUCUCCGCAAGCACUCAUCCCGCGGCCCCCGGAGCUUGUGGGCGAUCAGUACGUUUCCUGCAUCUCAUGGUUAACAAACGACGAUUUCUUCAUUGUUCACGCGCCCACGAGCACUGAACAGGGUAGUCCUUCUGAAAUGACUUACCACAUGGUCUCACGCGAGAAGAACACCCAAAAUUAUACCUUCCGCAAGUUCAUUCUGGGCGCAUGCGACGGCUUUGGCUUUAUUCGUAACUCACCGCCUCACUACUUCGUUUCUCGCCUAAGGAACUGGAAGCCUAGCUUGGACGACCUCGUACUGGUGUCUUCCACCGGAGGCGUAGAGCUCGGCGUGAUCACAAAGAGCUCUCAGCCUCUCUCACGAGAAAACCCGGUCACAAACAGCUACGUUCCGACAGUCAUGGCGGAUGAUUCCAGAAAGGCAUCUAUGCCUGGCACUGUCGAUGAAGACGCGUACCCGGACAUGCCCGAUUCAUCUCCACUCGGUCUUGCGCUUGACUUAUCUAGCAAGGACAAGGUGUACAAGCCCAUCGCCGGUAGUGACAUCGAAUGGUCAAAGACGCCCCUCCCUGCAAUCAUGAUCCUAAACCAUGAAGGUUACCUGAACGCCUGGUGGAUAGUCUACGAUGGAUCAGUUGAGGCGGGCACUGCUUACGAAGGUCUUGCUGCAGCAGGUGGCGCUCAAUCUGCACCCAUGCCGCAGCAAAGUCAGCCGGCUGCUCCUGCUACGUCAAGUCCAUUUGGUAAAUCUGCCUUUGGUCAGAGCUCUGGCUUUGGUAACGCAUCUCCUAUGGGUCAGAGCAAGUCUCCUUGGGCAUCAGCUAGCACAGGCAGUUCACCUGCCUUUGGCCAGCCAAGUUUUGGAUCAGCAUCAAAGCCGGGCGCCCCAGCUUUUGGGAAGGCGACAUUUGGGUCACCCUCCCAACCUGGUGCUGGUGCGGCUUUUGGUUCAGCUGGUGGCCUGGGCCAAAAGGCUUCUCCAUGGGGAAACACUUCGACGCCUUCUCAGAUUCCCAAGCCUAGUGGAGGCUUUGGUAGUUCGGGUUCGAGCGGUUCGACAAUCAAAUCCCCAUCCUUCGGAGCUCCAGCCCAAUCAUCGACGAGCGUGUUCGGUCAGCAGAAGAAGCCGGAUCAGCCCCAGUCUCAAGAGUCGGACAUGGGCGAUGCGGAUGAUGCCAAUGGAGAUGCAACUCCGAAGGAGCCUGCGAAGCCGGGCCCCUUUGGGUUGGGCGCCAGUGGUUUCAAGCUCGACUCUGCGUUUAAGGGAGAUGGAUCUGCGAAGGAUGAUUUGCCGAAGCCUGAGACAGGAUCCAGCUUUGGCAGCUUCGGUCUUGGGUCGUCGUUUGGUGCAGCUUUGGGUGAUGCUCAGAAGACGGAAGAGAAGCCGCAAAACAAGGCUUUUGGAUCGUCCCUGUUUGGAACUAAGACAGAAAGCACGGCCCCCAAGGAUGCCCCUAAGACCGGUGGUAGUCUGUUUGGUUUCAACAAGCCUGCCUCAUCGGCGUCUCCGUUUGCGUCCACCGGAACCAGUAUUUUCAGCAAGCCUGCAGAGAAGGCCAAGUCCCCUACCCCGGAAGAGCCCAAAAAGGAAGAAAGGCAGCCCGAGGCGGCCCCUCUGCCACCGGACUUCAUCAAGAAGCCCGCGAAGAAGGAGUAUGAUUCCCAGCCCGAAGCAGCUCCUCUGCCACCAGACUUUAUAACGAAAACACCCAAGAAGGACGAUUCAAAGCCAGAAGAUGCCCCCCUUCCUCCCGACUUUACUCUUCCCAAGGCGAAAAAGGAUGAGCCUGAAGAGGAAGACUUCCCCCCAAUUGCAGGCAGCCCUCCUGUCAAGGUCGAAAAGCCGGAGUCGCCUUCCCUUUCGGAAAUCCCAGAGAAGAAGGACGAGCCUGCACCCGCACCCUCAGCGCCUGCCGCGAGCAACAACGCCUGGAGCUUCCCUCCCGUAGAGAAGACCCGUUCAGACUCCCGGUCCAGGCCGAUGGCCCAGCCCAAAUCCCGCAGCCCGUCUCGUUCUCCAAGUCGGAAUGCCUUCGCCGCGUCAACGACCCCCGCCGGUAUGCCCAGGCACAUUGGGCGCGCACCUUCUUUCCCUCAGCCGUCGUUCACUCAGCGUGAUGAGCCUCUCCGGUCACCCAGUCCGGUUCGUACGGCUUCUGCAUCGAUACUCAGUCCUGGUCCCAGGCGCCAGGCAGUGACAAUACCACCUCCGACUCCGAUCUCUCGUGCAACCUCGCGACUUCAACAGCCUGCAGAACAGGAUCCCGUCUUCCAGGAUUUGGGUGACGAUCAAGAGUUCGAGGCAACAAGGCAAAUUCUGUCUUCAUCGCCCCGCGCAACCAAGACGUUGGAGGAAUUCUACGUGCAUCAGGACUACGCCGGAAGGUCCGGCCCCUCUAGUGUGUCUGGGUCAAUUGAACAGCUUUACCGGGAUAUGCAGAGCAUGAUCGAUACGGUUGGCCUCAACGCACACAAUCUGGCGGGCUUUAUCAAGGGUCACAAUGAAGUCACUCACGAGGGCCGUUCACGCGAUGACCUUGACGUCAACGUGGAUGACCCUGAAGACAAUGACUGGAUCCUUACUGAGAUCGAGGAUCUCUCCAAGGUUGAGAACAGCCUCGAGCGUUCGCUAGACACUGGCCGUGUUGUUGACGUUCAAAACAAGAUCCGCGACCUAAUUCGCCUGUCUAAGGACGUUGGCCAGCUGCGCAGGCGCCUCAAUGACGUGCGCAAGUCGAUCGAGCAGCGCCGCGACCCGUCCAAACUCGCUGUCACGCGCGCAACGCCCCUCUCAGAAGAACAGGGCGCACAGCAAGCACAGCUCCGCUCGGCCUUUGCUCAGACACAGAAGCUCCUUGCCCAGGCCGAAGAAGGCAUAGUUCUCCUCAAGACGCGCAUUUCGUCCGCGCAGGCUAGCAAGGCCGGCGGCACCGGCAACUCGUCGGCCACGCCUACGGCCGAGGCGGUCGAGAACACCAUCAAGAAGAUGACGAGCAUGAUCGAGCAUAAGAGCGGCGACCUCGACGUGUUGGAGAACCAACUCCGGAAGCUACGCCUCCUCGGCGACGGCGACGACGAAUCAGAGCAUCCAGCGGAGGGUCAGACGGCGGAGGAGGAUGGCGAUGAUGACAUUGCUGCUGGCCUGAACGCCAUGUCGCUCCGCAGCUCUGGCCGCUUCAGCCGCGAGGCCAGCCCGGCCGUCUUCGCCACGCCGCCCUCGGGCAUGCGCAGGGGCUACCGCAGCCGCGAUGGCACGCCGUUCAGCGCCGGCGGCGAUAGCGCCCGCAGGCGCCUGUUCUUCACGCCCGACAGGUACGGCUCGGCCAGCCCGGGCCUGCUGAGGAGCAGCGUCGGGCCUGGAACCGGCUCGGAGCUCGUGCUCCGUAGCGUCGAGGACGCGGCUUUCGGCGGCGAGCACCUGGUCGGAAGAGACGAGGUCAGAGUGUACGUGCGCAAGGUGGAGAAGAAGGCCAUCGUCAAGGACAAGCUGAAGGAGGCCAUCGCGAAGAGGGGACCGAGGGUCACGAAGAUGGCUGGUGCGAAGUAA